AUGGCUCCAUUUAGGAAUUUUGCUUACAAUUGUUUCACUUUUGGGGAAGUGGAUUUGGUGCUUACCAUGGAGGAAUAUACUACUCUGUUGAGGUGUCCAAAAGUUCAAGUCAGAAAAGCUUAUGCUAAGGUUUUUAAUGGUCUAACUUUUGCGAAGAAAUUGAUGAAUAUUUCGGGGAUGAACGAGCCUUGGGUCACUACUCGAAUUCAACAAAAGGGAGAUAGUAAAUGUAUUCCUUGGGAGAAUUUGAGAAAUUUGGUUUUAACACAUCCGGAUGAAAGGAAGAGGGUCGAUAUCUUUGCCUUAAGCAUCUUUGGAUUGGUGAUUUUUCCUAAGGCUUUAAGAAAUGUGGAUGAGGCAGUCACUGACUUAUUCGAUUGUCUUGAGAAGGGAAUCACACCUGUACCUGCAAUACUGGCUGAGACAUUCAGAUCCUUGAGCAUGUGUCGGAGGACAGGCGAAGGUCGAUUUAUUGGAUGUGCACAGCUUUUGAUGGUUUGGUUUCAUGGGCAUUUUUGGAAAGUGAACAAGGUUUCCUACCGGGUCUUCUCUGAAAGUUAUUCCCCAUUAAAGGAGGAGGCAGCUAUGCCAAUGAGAGAUGAUAUUUCAGAGGAGAAAUGGAUGGAAAUUCUUCAAAAUCUCAAGGAGGAGGAUAUAGAGUGGAGAGCUUUUUGGAUGGUUCUUGAUGAGAUUCUGUAUCGAUGUGGGAACUUUGAUUGGGUACCAUUGUCAGGAAUUUGGGGAGCCACAGGAUAUACUCCUUUUCUUGCAUUAAGAUAG